AGGACCGUAAAAAGGCUUUUGCGAAAACAGCAUGGACCGGGUUCCAUUCGGCUUAUGAAAUGGAUUCCCGACUUUAAUCCAUAUAAAUUAAACACCUCCACGGGGAUUCGCAUUUAUGAGCUGAGCAUUGAAUAUGAUUCUGAAGAUAGCGAGCUGCCUUUACACAUCGACGACCGCUCUCUGUCCGGCCACGUGGGACACUUUGUACGCGUGUUGGUUGAGGUGGACCUGGCUGCCCCCCCCUUACAAGAGCAUAUUAUGGUGGAAAGGAAGGAUCACUGUGCUUUUCUUAGCAUUGGUUACGAGAACCUUCCACCGCCCGUCCUGUAUGGUCAAAACUAUCGAGCCUUGCAUCGAUAUAUAGAGGGAUCAUCGGCGCAAAAACAAGAAUCGGCCAAAGACAAGAAGGCUCAUACGAACAUGAAUGAGGCGGCACGAAAAUCAUGGGCAGAUAGAUCGGCGGAUGAUCCCGACGAGUGUAUCCAGGAGGCCUCUUCGGAAUCCUCCCUAACCUUCCUCUCCUUUUAG